CGGUGGAUUCCCUCCUCUCUAACAGUCUUAGACGAGAUCCGGCGACUCCCAAGACUUCCCAGCGGUGUCACCGACAAUUCUUCGCCGUAAUUAAACCCCUUGUGUCGAUGCUCCGUUCUCUAUCACUGGAAGCCAACGAAGUUGCCCUGCUCGCCUUUCUUAACCUCUCUGUUAUGGAUGAAACAACAGAGAACAUCAGCAGCAGCAGGGAACAGAGAACAACAGCAUCAGGGAAGCAACAAGCUGGUAGUAGUGGUACUAGUAAUCAAUCUCAUAUACCAAGUUCUCGGAUUAACACACAGUCAUACCAAACUGCUCCAUCAAAUCAGUUCAUUGGUCAAUAUGUUGUUAAUGGACUAAGUGGAGUUGACAAAAUGGUGUUGGAUUAUUUGCUACUUCCAGUCAAUUUGGAGGCGAUUGAAGGGAUGGUAAUUGAGGGGCUGAUUUACUCAUCGAUUGAUGAAAAUCACUUCAAGUCCACUGGCAAUAUGUGA